UCUCAUUUUCCCAGCCAAGCGUUUCAACUUUGAAGGCCAGAAUUUUCCUCUCGGUUUCGACUCAAAUCCCAGGUUAGAGGAUGGCUUCUCAUUCGGUCGGCCUUGAAUCUGUGGCCCUGGAUGUACGUUCGCUGCUCAUUCCAUUCGCUCACGGUCUCUCUUUAAGGGAUUUUCAGCAUGAGGCCAAGAGUUUGUUAGGUCCAAAUGGUUUACCCUUCCGUAAAUUUGGCUACUCGUGUCUACUUGACAUGCUUCGAGACAUGCCCGACGUCCUCACUGUGAUGGAAUUAGGCCAAGGUGAGGUGCUGCUCAAGGGCGUUUUAGAUGCCAAGACCAAACAUAUUGGGGAUAUGGUCAAGAAACAAAAGAAUAAUAAUGCAUCCAAGCAAAGUCAAAAUGCACGAUAUUUAGCGCAAAAAAAAACCCAAGAGCGAAGUCAAUUGGUGACCAAGAACAUAGCUCGAACGCGAGCCAUUCCCAGAGAUAUUCAGAAUAAUUUAUUCGCAAUUUUGUAUCGAAUGUCGCCCAUUUCGACGGAUAAUCUGGUGCCAGUUUACCAACGACGAUACGGAAAACCGCUUGAAUGGGAACGUUAUGGUUUCACGGAUGUUCCGGAUAUGAUGAGGAGUUUGUCGCAAGUGGCCAUGGCCAAACGUGGAUCCGUUUGCCUCUUCUCAUUGAGAGACCGUGCUAAAUAUGCUGACCAAAUGGAAGAUAAGAACCAAAACUACCAACCCAAGGCCUUGAACGAGGGAGGACGCCUGCCCAUUGUGCCAGUAAGGGAGAGCCUCAUGAUCGCUCCGCUCUUGGCCAGGAAUUUGGCCAAGCUCUUGGCAGAUUUUCCCCAUGCUCUCAAAGUGGACGAUCUCAAAUUGGAAUACCGGAAGAAAUUUGGCACGGAUUUUGAUUUCCGCGAAUCAGAUCCCUCGAUCACGUCCAUGCUGAAGUUCUGCAUUGCCCUACCAGACAUGUUCAAGGUUACCCAAAUCGAUGGGGUAAAUUAUUGCGGCCCUUUGAACGCCAUUUUCCCCCAACCCCAAACAAUGCCUUCAGAAGUACUGCCCAAACGAGAAUCGAAGAACUCGACCCCGCAAAAGAAGAGAAAUGCCACAAGCCAAUUUGACCGGAUCAAAGGAGAUGUCGUUUUGGACGAUGCCGUUCAGUUACGCACCCAAGAGCUUCCGCCCAACCGCAAAUUGGGCGAUGCUUUCGAAAUCUUGAUUGGGGAGGUGUACACUCCGCAAAAGUUCUAUUUCCAACUACAAGCUACAGCCCCAGACCUCGAAGAACUUAUGGAUGAUUUAAAUACGUUCUACGAAGGCCCCAAGAGCGUGGAUUACAAACUGCGCUCAGUCGAUUUCCUCGCCGGUCAACUUGUGGCCAUCAGAUACGUAGAAGAUGGCCGUUGGCAUCGCGGCAUUAUUCAGCAGCUACGCAACUCAUGCACAGCUCAAGUUCGAUUCGUGGAUUUUGGCACCGUCCAGAAGGAACAGAUUGACAACUUACGGUACCUUCGCAAAGCGUACGUCUUGUUUCCCGCCCAGGCCAUCUUGGGGCGUGUGGCAGGGAUCCGCCCAUUGAAAAAUGACUCCAAGUGGUCUGUGGCAUCCUCAAGCCGAUUUUAUAGUCUCCUCACUGACCUGAGUGUGGAAAGCGAUGAACCUUUGUUGGGCGUUUUCCGAGGCGUUCAGAUGGUUGGAGACGUGGUCGUAUCUUUGGAACUCGUGGAUCCGGCUCGAAACCCUCCUGUGGGGUUGAAUAUCGGCAAAACCAUGGUGCAAGAAGGCCUAGCUUUGGUCGACCCCAAUGCUCUGACAACUGAUCGACGGCAAAUAUGCCCAUUUGAGUUGCCGGACCACCAUAAAUCCGUUCCUCGAACUGAAAGAGAGAGUCUCCGGAAACCGGGUCAAAAGGUGGUCCCCCCUCCGCCCAAGAACCCACCCAAAAAGAAGAUCCUCGGAGAAUAUGAAGAGACUCGCCCGAGUCAAUCCAAUCCGCCCACAGCUUGUUCUGAUGUCAAAGCUACCACUUCAGUGGAGCCAAGGAAUCGAAACGGCUUAUCACCAAUCUUCAGUGCCUUUUCAAACAAGUCACAGGUGUCAUCGAUGGGAUCAAGUGGCGUUUUAAGCCUUAAUAAUAUCAGAUUGGACCAAACCGACAUCAAAUUGGAUUCCAUCACGAUAACGAAAGUGGAUUUGAAUAAUCAAAACGCGAUUCAUAUCAUUGAAUUGAAUGAACUUUGUCUGGCCACCUCAGCGGGAAUUUCAAGUUUGUUCCAGUGGAAAGGCAGAGAUUUGUUGGCUCAUUUCAUGGAACUGAAGCAACUUGGCUAUAAACGUUAUUCGGUGCCUAAAAGCGAGUGUGAGAAGCUCUUCUCACUAGGACUUAUUGAGAAUGUGCCAGGAUUUAUCGACGAGAAGAGGGAUCGACUGGUGGACGAGAUCAAUCUCUAUUUACUCAAGGACGUGCCUUUUCUGGUGAAGGCCUUCGACUCAAGUCCAGAUCCAGAGCUGUUAAAGUCAUUAAACCGGGAAAUUGCCAACCGCCAAACUUGUUAGAUUAUGAAACCCAUGUCAGAUGAUUUUUUUCGUAUCCACUCAUCCAGAAGCGAAAUGUCGUAGAAAAAAGUAUGUCACAAACUUUGGCAUCCGGCCAAUUAAUUUCGUAUGUGAGUCGAUCUCUUGUAUAUAUGUCCCCUAAAAACGGGCUUCGAUUAUGGAGAAAACUCAAAAACUCAAGUCAA